GUUAAAAAAUUGAAAUUGGACCGAAAUUUUUGGGAGGAGGUGUUCCAAUUCACUAUAUAUACGGAUUUGGUAUUGCCUAAAUUCUUUCAAAUUAACAGCUCAAUUAUUUUCCGAUGUUAGCACAAUCUUCUCUCAUAGAUUCGGACGGCCGCGAAGCCGCCGCAGUUCACCGGAGCUUCGUCGAUACUCCGGCGGAAGCGCCGCCUCACGGUCUCAUUAAUCUACAAUCUUCCAACGGCUCAGGCAAUUUCACUGCGGAAGCCGCAAGAGACGCUUCCGAUAAUUCCACAAACAGCAGCGCCUCUGUUCCUGUUGAAGAAAGCAUCCGCGACGGCGUCGUUCAGGAGUCCGAUGCAUAUGAAGCCGUCUUAUCCAACGACGCAGAGAUUGGUGUGCAGAGAAUUGAGGAAAAAAAUGACGAAGAAGUGCAGAUUAACUGUUCGAAGAAAUGCGCGAGUGAAGUUCAGGUGUUUGAAUACACUGAAUUUAUCAAUCACGAUGAGAGUGGUAGUAAGAGGAAUUGGAAGCAGCAGGAGCCCAAGGAGAAGAGGCCUAAACGAAGGGGAGGAAGGGGUAGGAGAAACAAUGAGGGGUUGAAUUGUUAUCCUAGUGAAAGGAGAGAAAAGAAGGGGCUGAUGUAUUCGAGAGAGGAGAUGGAGGCUCUAAGGUUUGAGGAGCUUGAAGACCAAAAGAAGAAGUGGAUUGAGAUAUACUGCCGGCUUGGUGCGACGGUGGUGGAUGAGUAUGAUGGACUGGUCAGAUUGGAUAGAGCUCGUGAGAAGGAUAGCGUCCCAAGCUUCGACUUUGAUCCUCGGCCUCAGUUUCAGAAAUGUGCUAAUUUGGGUGAAGUGUGCCCAAAAGUUGAAGGUGAUCACCUUGAGAAUUUGAACGCGUCAGAUCCUCCCUCUUUUCCUCCUAUUAGUGAUGAAAGAGGGUCCUCGGCAGUGGAAGAAGACUAUUGCGAAGAUGAUGAUAGUGAUGAAGAGUACAGCAUUCAGAGGCCUGCCUUUUCUGUCACAGGAGAACCUGAUUUUGAUUCUGGCCCUCCACUGGAUGGACUUGAAUAUCUUAGGCGUGUAAGGUGGGAGGCUGCUAGAAUUCCCAAGGUAAAAGUUGUCAGGGUCAAUAAAGUCAAACAACAGAGUGUCUAUAUGCCUCAAAUUCCUGAUGUUAUGAAGUGCCCGGAGAAUUUGUUGCCUCUCAAACAAUGGGAGGACAGCUUUCUUUCUGAUUUUUCACAGCUGAGAGAGGCUUUCGCGCAGUUAGACCUCGAAGAACCCAGUGCAGAAACUUCAACCAAAGAGGAUUUUUUGAAUCAGAUGGUUGAGAGUAAUAACUUUGAGAAAUUCGUCAACUUAGAAUCUGUUGACGAUUCUUGCAUCUUGAAGACUAGUGAUGCCAAAUCCGGCCCAUCUUCUCCUGAAAGCUCCGUCCCCAAAGUUGAUCGCCCCACCCUCUCUGCAAUUCUGAAGAUGGAUUCUGCUGCUCGAACUUCGCUGCUCAAAAAACGAGUAAACUCAGUGGUGAACAUGGACGUAUUACCAUACAACGACGGUUUAUGGUUGUUUGCUCUCUGUGCAGCACUAGAUUGCCCUCUCCAUGCCGACACAAGUGCAUCCCUUCGGUCAUUGCUGCGAAAAUGUGCAAGCUUGCGAGCUGCUAAAGCAGAGGUAGACGAUGAAGUUGUUGUCCUCAACAUCCUUGUGACCAUAACAGGCAAGUAUUUUGGACAGCUCGAGCGCGAAUGAGGAAAUUGCUUUUUAUCACUAUUUAGAUGUGGGUUCUAGGAUUGUUAAGAGGCUAAGCUCACUAGUUUUGUUUAUCAGUCUAAUCAAGUUUAAACAAACUUUCACCAAACCAAGAUGAGUUUUGAUAAGUGAUCUUGAUCUA